AUGACUUCCAUACUUCGUGCAGACGUUCACGUCUCAAGCAGACUUCCGCUCGCCAUCACGCGAAUGGGCGAGUCGAGCGCAUUCUCUCCAAUCUCCUGCACACUGAUCCAUGGCGACCGCGAAGCCGUUCUCGUCGACACACCGCUCUCCAUCUCUCAGACGGAAUCUCUCAUCAAAUGGAUCGAAAAUGUCAUGCCAAACAAGGAGCUAGCUUAUGUCUAUAUUACGCAUGGCCAUGGUGAUCAUUGGUUUGGAAUUCCACUUCUCAAGAAGCGGUGGCCGAAUCUCAAAGCUGUCGCUACCAAGGCGACUGUCGAACAUAUGAAGCGCCAAUUAACCCCGGAGUAUUUGGAUAACCGCUGGCUCAAAAUGUUCCCCGGAGGCCAGAUCUUUCAACCGCAAGAGGUGGCCCAGCCGAUGGAGACUGAUACAUUCAUGAUCGAGGGUCACACUUUCCGUGCUAUCGAGGUAGGACACACAGACACUGUUGAUACUACUAUAUUACACGUUCCCGACAUCCAUCUCGUCGUUGCAGGAGAUGUAGUUUAUGGCGACGUUCACCAGUUUUUCGGCGAAGCAAACACCACAGCUAAACGGGAAGAAUGGUUGAGAGCAAUUGAGACCAUCGAGUCCUUGAAUCCGCACACGGUAGUCGCGGGACACAAACGGGAGGGUUCUGUCGAUGGGAUAUAUAAUAUAGCGGCAACUAAGGAAUACAUCCGAGCAUUCGAGAGUGCGACGAAGACGUGCAAGAGUGCGGAAGAAUUAUACGAGCACAUGCAGCAGUUGUAUCCCAACCGCAUCAAUCCUCAUGCGAUUUUAGCCGGAGCUACCGCUGCUUUCAAGGACGAGGCUUCUAAAUAA